UUAAUAUUUUUUAUUAUAUAUUUUCCAAAUUGCAGUCAAAUCAAUUGAUUGUUUUUUCUUUCACUUUAAUUAUAGAGACGGGAUAUACAACUGGAAAAGAUGGUGCAAACGAAAAAUGGAUACGAAACAAGUUAUGAGGACCGCAAGCAAAACCGUCUGCAAGUUGUAUAUAGGCGACAAACUCAAGAAAGGCAAAUAUUCAUGCAAGACCUUAAGGAAAUUCGCCGGCAAAGAGAAAUUCGCCUUUUUAAAACGAUGAAAAAUCUAAUAGGUCCGACGUGGUUGCAAGCCCUGAGUGUUUUGCAAAGAAAAGCCUUAGACACGUUAGAAUUUUCUAUCUAUCAAGAUUUACUAGAAGGACGGCCAACACGAACAGCUUCUUUAAUGAAAGAACUUGGACUAUACCCUAGACCAAAUACCGUGGAACUUAUGACUUGUGUGUACCUAGGUCGUAACGACCCGAAAGAGAUGCUAGCGCAACUGUUCCUCACAACAUAUGGACAUCCCAUAGAAGGAAAAAGAUGUUAUUACAAUCUUAAUGCAAGACUUGUGUUAUCUGGUAUUUUGUACUUGGGACUCGAAAAUUUACUAGAACUGCUAAGACUAAGAUUUCUCCCUGAUAAGGAAAAAAAACCUCCUAAACCAAAACCGAGACCCCAGCCGCAGCCGCAAUUAGAAUCACCUUAUUUGCAAGAAAUGACUGCGGUUUUAUACUUGCGACCAAAAAGAAAACCUUUUCGGCCGGCUCCACUUCCAAAUUUGGACGAUCUCAAUGAUCCGUACGAAGAAGAACCGCCGAUAGCUAAGCCACCUCCCCCACCGCCACCACGUCCGCCUCCUAAGAAGAGGCUCCCACGGAGUUACUGCGAUAAGAUAGCAGGAGUUAUGAAUAUAGAACCAUAUUCUACCAUUACUACAACUCAUACUAUAAAGACCGUUACGCAGGGAAAUCAAUUGCGAAAGACUAAGGGCUCCAAAAUGUCUAUUGCAUUAAAAAAAUCUUAUGGUAUCAGCGUGUCACGUUCUAGUAGAGGAGAUAAAAGAAGGAAAAGACUCACUGCACCAAACACGGGAAUAUCCAGUACACAGUAUACAAUAAAUGGCGUUAGUAAAGUACAUGGCAAAAAAGUUUUCGUACUCGGCAACGUUUCAACAUUACCUCCGGAAGGGGAUCUCAUAAACGGUGGGUUUAGAUUAAUAAAUGGAGAAUAUAUCAAUAUACAUUGUGGUUUCCGGGGACGACCACCACCACAGAAACCAGGCAUAUGUGAUUGUGUCACGAAUUGGCAAGAUGCUGUUUUCAAGUAUGUCAAAGAAAAUAAAUGUCGCUGCGGUCACCUUUAUGAUUAUGGAAACGAAGGAAUUUUUCCGCCCGAGGAAAUCCCGUACUUUCAGAAGCCGUCGAGAUUUUCGCCGUUUCAAUUUAACUACCAUACUAUUUAUAAUUUAGAUGAAAAACAACUCUUUGUUGAGAAGAAAUUUAAAAAAAUUUGGGAUACCGAUAGUACACUUCACAUUGGUGACAGUGCUGUGAUUGAAAAGAAAGACAAAAAGAAGAAGAAAUUCAGACGUUCAUCUGCAACUUGUCUAGGACAAAAUCCAAAGCCUGAAGACUACUUAAAAUGUGCACUGCGACAAAUGAGACGUUUGAAUAUAGCGGCUAAAUUACCUGAUAUUCAUUUAGUCCCGGAAUUAAAAGAGUGGAUGAGGUGGCGUAUCUACGGACCUUUCACCAAAUCUGUUAAGAAAGAUAUGUUAAUAAAGAGUUUUAUGUUUUGGCAAAUAUACUGUGGUCUUGAAAAGAAAGGUCUUGGUCAUGUUUAUCCAAAGCAAGACCCCAAAUACAAAGGCCUUACGACAUGGAAAAAUAAACAAGAUUUAAAUGACAAAUUUCGAAAGUAUACUCUGAAAUAUAAACUGGAUUUGUAUCGGACGUAUGCCUAUAGUACAAAUAUACUGUGGCCGACUAUGUUUCAAGCCGAAUUUCCAAAUAAAAAGUUUCGUGAAAUCUUCUUUUCAUAUCUAUUUUCACGUAUAGAAGACUUGCAACUAAUGCACCCGUACAAUUCAAGAGAGGCUGCGGAACGCGCAAAUAUAUUGUCGAAAAAGAGAUAUAUCUGCAAGCCGGAUGGUGCUGAGGAAAAAGACUAAUAAUAUCAUUGCUCAAAAAAGUUAAUGUUGCAUACAAAUAAAGCUCAUAACUAAUUGUAAAUACUGUAUUUUGUCAUCUCAAUGCUAAUGUACAUAAUUGAUGGAUGGAUAGGAUGAUAAUAUGUUUCAUGUAGGUACGUUACUACCCGA